AUGCCUCUUUUGAGCCUCGAACGUCAUUUCCAAGCGGGCAAACAGGCAAGGGGAGCAAAAUCCCAUGAGGCUCCGUCAACACCAAAUUUAACCAACGCCUUAAGGAUAUGUGCUCAAUUGAAAGAUGUUGUCAUACGAGUUUUCAUUGGUGAUACAGUGUAUGUUGAUCCUUGCCGGGAGCGUGACAAGGCUGAUGUCAGCCCACAAGAUCUUCAAGGUUUGAGUCCAAAGCCCACCAAAGCCAACAUUCGCUUUAUUCGAUCAGUGGAGAACCAAGCUGGGUCACGGUGUGUUAAGAAAAGACAAGACCAGAUAAGGCUGCACAGCGCAUCGAGAUUAGAGCCGGUUUACGAGAUUGUUGAAUAG